UAGUUUAACACAUUGGACGUGAACUCACUCACUGACUCCAGGCCACCUGCUUUCCACCUGGUUACGAGCUUUCCUUUUUGCAGGUUCUUCCCCCACAUCCCUCCCUGGCAGGGACAUGAGGGAGAGGGCACCAUCCAACCACACUAGAGGACAAACCCAACGCCUGCAGGCAGAGUUCAGCAUGGCCCCAAGGAACCCCCAUGUGAAUACUUGCCUUUUGGCUGCUUGCCUCUGCCUUUGGAGAGGGAUGCUGGGCCAUGGUUCCUUGCGGCCCAAGGUGCUGGCCGAAUCUGUUAUGAAUUCCAACGCCAUGUGCAUGACCCUGCCCUGGCUGACCCGGCGCCAGUUUGGACUCUGUGUACGCAGCCCAGAAGCUAUGGCUUCAGCCUUACAGGGCAUCCACCUGGCCCUCCAUGAGUGCCAGCACCAGCUGCAAGAGAGACGCUGGGAUUGUUCGGACCUGAGCAGUGGGGGCACUGUGCUUCUUAACAGCGCCAUGCUGAAGAGAGGCUUCCGGGAAAGCGCCUUUGUCUUCUCCUUGCUGGCAGCUGGUGUGACCCAUGCAGUAGCAACUGCAUGUAGUCUUGGGGAGCUACAGAGCUGUGGCUGUGCCAGACAAGGCACGGAGAACCAGAAGCUGAAACUCAGCCAGCUGCAAUCUCUAAGCCGGGGCAAGAGCUUGCCCCCUAUGCCAUCCUCGUUGUGGGGAGAGCCUAGCCCACAGGACACCUGGGAAUGGGGAGGCUGCAGUGCAGAUUUUGAGUAUGCCCAGAGAUUUGCCCGGCAUUUUUUGGACCCACGAAGAAAACCCCGUGAUGCCCAUGCACGGAUGCAGCUACACAGUCAUCGUGUAGGCAGAAAGGUGGUGUCAGAGCUGGGCAAGCGCAGGUGCAAAUGUCAUGGCCCUUCAGGGAGCUGCCAAUUCCGGACGUGCUGGUUAGCAGCCCCUGAUUUCCACCAUGUCGGUUCCAACUUACGGGACCGAAUGGACCAUGCCAUACUCUUGCGGCCAGACAACAGCAACUCGGGAGCCUUCCGGCCGCGACUCCACAGCUCCCACCUGGCCAAGCACCUCGUCUUCUAUGAACCCUCCCCUGAUUUCUGUGAGCCUGACCUGAGCCUAGGUUCCUCAGGCACCCACGGUCGUCCUUGCAUCAAAAGCAGCCCGCGGCCAGAUGGCUGUAGCAGCCUGUGCUGUGGGCGGGGCCACAACAUGCUGCAGGAGGUGCGAGCUCAGCGUUGCCAGUGUCGUUUCCAUUGGUGCUGCCAUGUGCAGUGUGAGGAGUGCCCUUCCACAGAGUGGGUUAGUGUCUGCAAAUGAAUGGGGAAGGCCUAACCCCUUACACGCUGCUCCAGCCAGCCAUGUGACAAGUGCCAGCUGCAACAUCAGCCAUCGAGGUCAGAAGAAGAGCUUUGGGCUGCUGACCUGCCUUCUGUGGACCCCUUGCCCUGCCCUGGAAAGGUGCCUCGUCCUCUGGUUUAUCUCAGUACGAUUGGCUGCAAGUGAAGACUUGCUUCCAAUGGAUGGUGAGUGGCGCGGAAGAAUUCCUCAAAGAGAUACACUUUUGUCUUCCCUUGACUGUUUGCUGGGUUAUAUCUCAGUUUCUUGCAAACUGCCAUCUAUGAAUUAAUGGGUAGAAAUAGGCCUGAUCCUGUUCUGUCACUGCAAGAAGAAACAAACAGAACCAAAGUGGCAAAAAUUCUGUAUCAGGGCUAGAUUCUUUACAAGCUAGAGACAAGGAAGGGAGACAUGUGAAAACCAGCAUGGUUCCAGAACCUCAGUACUUCUGGUAUAGAAGGACUUGGGGCAUGAAAACUUUAGUUGGAGAGUGUUUGCUGUUUGGUAGAAGAAAUAGACUGUCAUUUAGGGGCAAAAAUUGGCAGUAGCUUUGCAAGAGUUGCAGUUGUUGGGAAUAGCACAACCUACUGGCAAAAUUGAAACUGGAGUGCUGUAUUGCAAGGUUAAUUUAUUAUUUUGCUCUUUUACUGAUCUAUAUUUGUAAAACCAUGUGGCAUAGUUAAUGGAGGGAAAGGUGAUCUUUAGAUUUAUUUGGGAAACCAGAUUCAUUCAUUGUCCAAUGUCUAUUUCUUUUUGUCAAUUUGCAGGUAUGUUAUGUGCUUCCCCUUGGUAAACGUGAGUUCCCCACCCCGAGCCCAUAUCUUCUUGUAUUUGAUUAAAGAUAACAGAGUCCAUA